AGAAAUACGUUGGAUAUUCGAAUUUCGAGACAAAUGUGAGAGGGAAGAGGAACAGGGAUCGAUCGAGGAAGAUCGAGAUCCAGAUGAAAGUGGGGCACGAGCAUAACGGUGUGCCGUGAACGAUGUGAGGAAAGAUCUCCGGGUGGAAGAAUCGAAGGCGAUCGAUCCGGGUGGAACAAGGCGGCCUUUUGUUCGCCGGUGGAAGAUCGAGGGUGGUGGAUCGCCGAUAACGAUGGGCGGAGGGAGGAGAGUGCGGCCGAGCGGGCCGAAGCGUGAUCGUGCGAUGGUAUGGUCGGUGUCUCUGUGCUGUUUAGUAUUUCUGGUUGGCAAGGUGGAGAGUGCACCGCCCGGGAUAUGCGCGAUGGACGGCUGCAACUGCACCGUCAAGGCACACCGUUGGAUUAACGUCAAAUGCAUCUUCUCCAACGACCAGGACGUGGAAUUACUGGAGGGAACGAUUCCGUCGGAGGCGAUGGAAGUCGAGGUCUCUCAUUGCAGGGAGUUGAGGAUCCAGUCGGGCGCUUUCGCGGACGGAGCACCUUUGAAACGCGUCCACGUGUCCGGGAUCUACAGCCUGGUGGCAAAGAGACAGGCGUUCCAGAACUUGAGCGCCCCUAACACGCAUCUCGAGGUGUCCGAGUGCAACAGCGUGAUCCUGGAAAGCCACGCGUUCAGGAACUCGCGGGGGACGCUGAGCGUUUCGAUAUCCAGAUGCAGAAACGUAGGGAUCAAGCCGAACGCCUUCUCCAGGCUGCUCUGGAUCACCGUCAGGGAGGUGCCGACCCUCGAGCUGUCCAGCAAUGCGUUCAAACUCGAAGCUUCUCAACACGGAAGGCAUGGACCAGCGACCAAGAUUAUGUUCCAAAGCGUGAGAAUCACGGAGUUGCCGACAGCGGUGUUCCCAUCGGCGGUUGCAGAGGUCCGCAUGGACGAUAUCUGGACAAAGGUGAUCCGCAAGAACGCUUUCUGCGCCAUGACGAUCUUCAGCGUGACCAUAAGCAACGCGUCGAUCCUGGAGAUCGAGACUGGGGCGUUCAGCGACAGAGCGUUAAUCCACAGCCUCGAGUUCGUCGACGUCAGAUUGAAGAGUAUAGAGAGAGGAGCCUUCCGGGCUGGCCACGACAACCUCACCAUACAAUAUUCAAGGCUGUCCGAGGUGGAUACCGGCGCUAUCGACAUAUCCGCCGCCACCGUCAGCUUCAACAACAACGAGUUCCUGAAUCUGCACCAAGGCGCGAUCGUCCUCCACCAGUGGAACCACAUAGCCAUCGAUUACAAUCUGUUCGUCGAGUUGGAGACGGACGCGAUCACGGCAGAGGUGGACGCGACCUCGGCGCCCAACUUCGAGUUCUCCUUCACGGGGAAUCACGUGGAGAAGGCGAGGGCUGGCUCGUUGAGAUUCGCAGCGAUCUCUCAACGGGUGAACACGGCCAGGGUAGGUAACAAUUACUUCAAGGAGCAGUGCAGAUGCGGCCUAGACGAUUGGAUACGGGACGUGACGGGGAAGAACAGCUCCGUUUCGUGGAUGAUGGACUCGAGUUUCUGCGUGGUCGAUCAACUUCUCGACAAGUGUUUCAAUCUACCCCAGGGCUACAUGUCGAUGAGAAACUUCACGAGGAUCAUUUGCGCGCCCGGGGAUCACAUCGUUUGCGAGAAACCGUCCGCGAAACCCGAGCCGACCGUCAGCCCGCCGAGCGUCGGCCCCCACGUCNCGAGGAGUUGACGGAGGAGUACCUGAGGGACCUGAGGGAGAGGUUGAACGAUCCCGACAAUUACAAUCAGGCGAGGGACAUGAUAGAGCAUCUGUACGAUCUGAUCAAGGUGGAGGAGAGUUGCAACAACAACAACAACAACGACGAC